AACGCUAUCAAGACUCGAGGAGUUCCGUCAACGGAAUGUCUGUCUGUCUGCCAGUUUCCUCACUUAAAUACGGACGCAUUUUGGAUCCGGGCUGAGAGUCUAAGACAAUACACUUCACGCAAAUCACAUCAAAAUUACAAGGAAAUCAAAGAAUGGCAGAAAGCAAUCUCUCAUUCAUUCUCAACAAGCCUCUCUCGUUGUCAUUCGAAGAACGCCCCAAGCCUACCCUCAAGUCCCCUCAAGAUGUCCUCAUUGCGAUAAACUACACCGGUAUCUGUGGCAGCGAUGUCCACUACUGGCAACACGGCGCCAUUGGGCCCUUCGUUGUGAAGGACCCCAUGGUCCUUGGACACGAGUCCGCAGGUACCGUCGUCGAGGUUGGUCCCGCUGUCAAAACCUUGAAGGUUGGAGACAGAAUCGCUAUUGAACCAGGAACGCCCUGUAGGCACUGUACACCAUGUUUGGCUGGACAUUACAACCUGUGUGACGAUAUGCGAUUCGCAGCAACUCCUCCUUAUGAUGGCACACUGGCAGGCUUCUACACCGCUCCCGCAGACUUCUGCUAUAAACUCCCCGAACAUGUCUCCCUACAAGAAGGUGCUCUUGUUGAGCCUCUCGCCGUCGGUGUCCAUAUCGUCAAGCAGGCAGAGAUCAAGCCUGGUGCAAGUGUUGUGGUUAUGGGUGCUGGACCUGUUGGUCUGCUGUGCUGUGCAGUCGCAAAGGCAUUCGGUGCCUCCACCAUCGUUGCUGUCGAUAUUCAACCUGCACGACUUGAAUUCGCCGCUUCAUUCGCCGCCACACAUACCUUCAUGCCCGAGCGUGUUUCUGCAGAAGUGAACGCAGCAAGACUGUUGAAGGAAUCAGGGCUCAUCGGAGGAGCAGACGCGAUCAUCGAUGCCUCCGGAGCUGAGCCAUCUAUCCAAACAUCUAUUCACGCUCUUCGCAGAGGCGGUGUAUACGUCCAGGGCGGUAUGGGAAAGCCAGAUAUCAACUUCCCCAUCAUGGCACUCUGCACCAAAGAGAUCACUGCCAAGGGAAGCUUCCGUUACGGCAGCGGAGACUACAAGCUCGCUGUAGAGCUUGUUGCCACCGGAAAGGUCGACGUUAAGAAGCUCAUCACCGGAACCGUAAAAUUCGAAGAUGCCGAGAAGGCAUUCCAGGAUGUUAAGGCCGGGAAGGGCAUCAAAGUGCUGAUUGCGGGACCAAAUGAGAAGUAAGUGAGCAGUCAAUUAGUGGUGCGUGGUCUGGUGGGACUGGGAGUUGGGGAAGAAAGAGAAAUGUCGGCAACGAAAUAGUACUGUAAUAAUCAAUGCAGAGAGAGGUGUGGCAUUAUGCUUCCUCGCUGACUUUUUGUGUUUCCAAAGGACUUACGAUAGUGUGUUGUUUAAUUCCGCUCGUUCUAAGCUUUGAUUGCGGUCUGGAAU